AGUGGGUGAUUAUGGACUAAAGCGGCGGAGGAGAGCAGCGAUGGAGGCGGUGAGAAGUUUUCGGUUGGUGUGGCUGCUGCUGGUCGGGGCCGCGGCGAGAGCAGCGGGGAGAGAAGUGUGUCUGGGGACGGAUAUGAAGCUGGCCUUGCCCUCCAGUCUGGAGAACCACUAUGAAAUGCUACGACUCCUUUACACCGGCUGCCAGGUCAUACAUGGCAACUUGGAAAUCACUCACUUACAAGGGACACCGGACCUUUCCUUUCUGCAGGGUAUAGUGGAGGUUCAGGGCUAUGUGCUGAUUGCCCAUGUCUCCGUGGCUGAGAUACCCCUGACGAACCUGCGCAUCAUCAGAGGUGGCCGGCUGUACAACUCCAGCUAUGCACUGGCUGUUCUGGAAAACACCGGCAUCAAGGAGCUCCAGCUCAGGAGCCUCACAGAGAUUUUGCUGGGUGGUGUAUAUAUUUUAGGGAACCCCCAGCUCUGUUACCCACAGCAGAUCAACUGGAUAGACGUUCUGGGCAAACAACAAAGAAACAAAGAAAUGAAGUUAACACACCUGCAGCCAGCAGCACCUUACUGUCAACCCUGUCCGGCGGCCUGUGGCUCCAGAGGAUGCUGGGGACGAACUGCAGAUGACUGCCAAACACUAACCCAUGUCCAGUGUAUGUCCGGCUGUCAGUACUGUAAGGGUCCUCAGGCCAGCGACUGCUGUCAUGACCAGUGCGCUGCAGGAUGUUCCGGACCCAAAAACUCGGACUGUCUGGCUUGCCAUAACUUUAACGACAGCGGGACGUGUAAAGAAAGCUGCCCGCUAGUCAUGUUAUACGACAUCAAAACCCAUCAGCUCAUUCCCAACCCCAACAAGAAGUUCAUCUUCGGAAUCAUCUGUGUAAAACAGUGUCCAUAUAACUUUCUGACCACAUAUUCAGCAUGUACGAGGGUCUGCCCCAAAGGAAACCAGGAAGUCAUCACCAUCCACCCGGAUGGAAAGGAGAUGCAGAAAUGUGAACAGUGUGAAGGAGAGUGUCCGGAAGUGUGUUACGGUUUAGGCAUGGGGAACCUACAGGGCGUGUCUGCGGUGAACUCCUCCAACAUUGGCUUCUUCCAAGGUUGCAAGAAGAUCUACGGCAGUCUGGCCUUCCUCCCCCAGUCCUUUAAAGCCGACCCGCUGACCAAUUUGACAAGUCUGCAGGCUGCUGACCUUGAGGUGUUCAGGACGUUGGAGGAAAUCACAGGUUACCUGUACAUUGAUGCAUGGCCAGAAAACAGUGGAGACUUGGGCGUGUUUGAAAACCUGAAGGUGAUCCGAGGGAGAAUGCUGUACAAAGGUGUGUAUUUACUGGGCAUCCAGUCUCUGCAGAUUGAGUCUCUGGGCCUACGUUCUCUGCGCAGUGUCAGUGGCGGGUUGGUGCUGGUCCACAAUAACUCUCGGCUGUGUUACACCUCCUCCCUGCCCUGGUCGUCCCUGCUGUACCUCAGCCAGGAGCCCAACCUCAUCAGCAACAACAACCGAGACCCGCAAGCCUGCGAGGCAGAUGGGCACGUCUGUGACCCUCUUUGCAAGAAUGGAUCCUGUUGGGGUCCCGGGCCGAGCCAGUGUGUGUCGUGCGUUUCCUAUCAGCGUGGCAAAGAGUGUGUGAAGGAGUGCAACAUCAGGAACGGUUUGGUCAGGGAGUUCAGCGAUGACCUCUCCUGCGUUCCCUGUCACCCUGAGUGCCGACCAGUCAACGGCUCCGAGUCCUGCUCUGGCCCAGGUCCGGAUCAGUGUGUGGAGUGCCUGCACUUCCAGGACGGAGACGUGUGCGUGGAGCGUUGUCCCAGCGGCGUGAAGGAAGACCAGCACACUGUGUGGAAAUACAGCAAUGAGAGUGGACACUGCAUACCGUGUCCCAACAACUGCUCUGUGUCGUGUCCACUGGAUGAGAGAGGGUGUCCAAUUCACCAGAAAGCUGGACACAUCGAACAGUAUUGCCUAAUAGAUGCGUGGCGGCCCUGAUGGGUGGACUGCUGGCUCUGCUGGUCUUCUACCUGCGUUGGCAAAAACACCCAAAGAAGAAAGAAAGCAUGAGAAGGAUCCUGCAAGAGCAUGAGGUCAGACAUGCAAAGCAUCAUGGGGGCUGUAGUUGUG